AUGUCCACAGUUCCCUCACGUGCAUAUGAGAACAACAGCACCGCCCAGUUGGCUGCGCAAUUCAACGAGUUCUACCUCGCCAUAACCUCCCCAGUGGUGUCGCAGAUAGGGAACUACAAGAUCGUGGAGGAGAUCGGCGAAGGUGCUUUUGGCAAAGUGUACUUGGCCCAGCACGUUUUGUUGAACGCGAAGGUGGUGCUCAAAUGCGGCCUCAUUGACGACCCUAAUAUCGUGAGAGAGAUAUACUACCAUCAGCAGUUGAAGCACAAGAAUAUCGUCAAGUUGUAUGAGGUGAUCAAGACUGAACAGCACAUAUGGAUGGCUCUUGAGUACUGCGAAGGCGGUGAGCUUUUUUACUAUAUCUAUGAACAGCGUCGCCUCGACAUAGGCGUUUGUAGGCUGUUGUUCUACCAGAUCGUUCAGGGCAUCAAGUAUGUGCAUUCGCUCAACUUGUCUCACAGAGACCUCAAGCUUGAAAACAUCUUGUUGGCGGAUAAAAAGAGGCUGAUUAUCAAGUUGACGGACUUUGGCUUUGUUCGAGAAUUCAACCCGUAUAAGAGACUGCUCUUGUCUACGGUAUGUGGAACAACGGCGUAUAUGGCUCCCGAGAUGCUAAAGACGGAAAAAUACUCCGGCUUUGCCGUGGAUACAUGGUCAAUGGGUGUGAUAUUGUACGCUAUGGUAUAUGGUGUCCUCCCGUUUGAUGACGAUGACGACAUGAAGAUGAAGAUCAAAAUCAUGCACGAAGACCCUGUGCUACGAACAGAUAAUGUUGAUCCCGAGGUUGUCGAGCUUAUACGCAAAAUGCUUCUGAAAGAUCCUGCUCUACGCCCGAACAUCCUGGAGAUACUCAAUUCGCCGUUUCUCAUUGAUCUCACCAACGAGUAUCUGGAAAGGAGGAAUUCCUCCAUCAACGACACGGAGUCCAUCAUAUCUAUUAAUCAGCAUUAUAAGGAGAACAAGGUACCUUUUCAAACAAGAAUCGAGCGAGAUCUACUAAAAAAGCUCGAAAAGCUCAAUAUAGACACUGACGCACUACAAGCACUGGUCAUACAAGGCCACACAAAUACACUCACUGCAUUUUACGAAUUGGGACUCACUCGAGAAUUCAAAAAGAAAAAGUACAAGCACAAAAGAAGAAGAUAUUACGAGGCUAAAAGGCAAAUCAAGAGAUCCCGUAAAAGGGUCCGGAGCGCCCUAUCGCUUGCCGAUCAGAACUCUGGUACUCAGCCCCUCGAGAAGAUCAUUUCUUCGUUGAGUAUAACCUCCAAACAGCCCUCAGAGAACCAACCUGCAACUUCUCGGAAAUCAGCUGAAGAAUACCGAAAACUGAGCACCAGAGCAUCUUUUAACAAGCGGUUGUCAGGUUUACAACUGGACUCUCUGGGCACACAGCCCCCUCAAACACCCGUUCUGCCAGGUGCAGAGUUCAGUCAUAAUUCAGAAAGCUCAACUAAUUUUGGGAGACAAGUCUCAUUCAUUCCCGAUGACAGGUCGACUUUCAGCUAUCAGCCCACAAUCGAUCAACAGACUGGUAAAGGAAAGAAGAUUCUUGGUAAGCUACAAUUUUGGAAGAAAGCCAGAAAAGACCAAGGUAAAGUUGACGAAGCCACAAGUCGUAACGAAUAUAGUGAUGGUGAAAACGGGGUUUCUGAAAUCCAUUUGGGCAGUAAGCAGGAUAACGCAGCUGAAAGAAUUCUGGCAGCGUCCAAGAAGUCUGCAAGUCCUCUUAGGAGUGUUGAAAACAACCCUGCUCCACUGGUAGUCAAUGGUGGGGUGAGAAUUUCUGGUCCAGAAGAACUCCCAAACCCUCCCGAAAUCAGGGAUGCCAAGGAAUUGGGCCAUCAUCGUGAAUCAUCGAAUCAGACUGCUAACACUAAUAACACCGGCUCUUCCCACAUGAGCGAUCACUUGGAUAGGACUAAUAACUCGAUUGUUCAUGAGAGUCUUUUGAGUUCGGGAAGAAGACAACGACCCGAAUCUGUGGUGUCUCAAAUUAGUCAGUUCUCACAACUAAGUCAAACGUACCCAAUGUCUGAGUCUGAGUUAGAAAUGCUCGACGGAACAGACAUGGAUGAAGAUUUCUAUGAUGAUGACGCCAUAUAUGAGCUGUCAAUUAAUAUAUCCCAGCAAGACUUGUUGCAUAAUAAGCACUCAUCCACGAGCAUGGCUCAGUCAAAUUCUAAUGCGCUGAGGAAGAAACGACCAUCUACAAGUAGGAUGGCAUCCGAUACCCUGAUACUCACCACGAGUACACAGGCAACGGGCCAACAGUCUCGAAACAAAAAACAUUCGCUUUCACAAGUUUCCAGCAACUCAUCAGAGGAUAGCGAGUCCAGGUCAAAAAUUCAUGAUUAUGGAGCCAAUGCUGAUCAGCGACCUGUUUCACCUCGGCAAAAGAUUGGAUUUCCUCGCAAUGGCACCCAUCCCUCACUCAGAGGACCAAGACAACCUAACUAUGGAAAGGCUGCACCUUCACCCAAUGUCCAAACCCCUACGCCUGUGCAGCCCAUUCCCGGCAAUGGUAUGAACCGGUCGCCGUCACCGCCAAUUUUCAAGAAAUUUAAUACAAUGAGUGGGGUUGUGAAGCCGGUCAAAAACGUCUUUGACCCGAAGAAAAAUGAUUCAGGAAAUCAGAAGUGGACUAUGAAUGGAGAUAUGAGUGACUCUCGCUGGAGGCAUGAUAGUGCAACUCCCUCGAGAAUUUAUGAGAGGCAAGCGAUCAUCACCGAGGAGGAAGAGGAAGAUGAGUAA